CGGCAGCACAUGUUGGUAAACCACGUUGUGUCUUUAGAACCAAAAUGGCUUCGUGCAGCGUUGAAGACGUGCUCGCUAAAGCCGAAAGAGACGAGGCUGAAAAACUAAAAGGUAUUACAGUAAGCAAAGAGUUAGACCUUGAAUUUGACCCGGGUAAUUUGCUUGCGUUUGAUAAGAACCGGGUAGAUACUCGGGAAUUUAAAGACGGCAAACGGGAAGACUUUCUCCGCUCACUGGCGAGAGAUAACACUCAACUCCUCAUCAACGAGGUAUGGAAACUUCCAACAGAAAGAGUUGAAGAAGUCAUCGUCGCCAAGCUACCAGAGCCAACCACUCUAUUACCCAGAGAAAAGCCUGCUCCAAAACCAAAGCCUCCUACAAAAUGGGAACAGUUUGCCAAACUGAAAGGCAUUCAGAAGAAAAAGAAGACCAACUUGGUCUGGGAUGAAGUCCAUAAGGAAUGGAAGAGGCGAUGGGGAUACAAACGUGCCAAAGAUGACACCAAGGAAUGGUUGAUCGAGGUCCCAGAGAAAGCAGAUCCCAAUGAGGACCAGUUUGCUAAAAAGAAUAAAGCCAAGAAAGAGCGAGUGGCCAGGAAUGAGUACAACAGACUCAAGAACAUCGCCAGAGCUCAGAAGAUCAAGGUGCCAGGCAUGGGACUCGCACCCACCCCUCAGCAGUCCAAAGUAGAGCUGGCACAGGCGGUCAAUAUCGCCAAGAUCUCCACGGCCUCUGUUGGGAAAUUCCAGGACAACCUGCCCAAGGAGAAGAAGCCUAAAAAUACUGGGAAAAAGAGAAAGUUCCAGCCUCUUAUUGGUGACUUUAGUAGUGAGAAACAGAAACAGCUGGAUUUACUGAAAGUGAUGGACAGUAAGAAGCCACGACUUGACAUCACCAAAGCUGUGAAUAAGCAAAUGAGGGAAGAGGAUAUGGAAGCGAGGCAAAAGAAUAAGAAAGACUUUGGAAAGAAGGGACAACGGGGAAAGAUGUCUGGUAAAGGAAAAGGAAAGGCUGGUGGAAAGGGAAAGGGUCCUAAAGGCAAAGGACGGAAACCUCAAAUGAAGCAAGGAAAGAGAUAGAAUCUUCAGCAGUGUGUGCUGCUUAUAUAUAUUGUAAAAUCCUAUAUAUAUUGUAUACGUGAUGUUGACCUGUCAUGUGUCUCAUAGAGCCAUAACUUUUAGUGCUGGUUUGAUUCUGUACAAUAUGUGGUUGCACUCUGGUGUUCAGACUUUUACAGUGUUUAUAAAUAGCUUGGAUGUAAUGCUGGACUGAAAAUAAUUGGGAUUUGUUUUUUACACAAAUCUUUGAUUUAAUAUUGACAACUGUUAUUCACAUAAGUGAUUUCACAAUAAAUUCAAAUCAUCUCUGG